UACACAAAUAAGAGCUUAAAUAUUAUCCAUUUUCGAAUCGAGCCAAGAAGAGCACGGAAAAAAAUGGGCGACUCAAACACCUCCGCAUCCACGCCCAAUUCAAUUUGGGAAGAAAUUGAACAUUCUGAAAGUUACCUCGUAUCCUCUAUGUAUGAUGAAGCCGCUUCAUUAUCUUCAUCAGUUAUAAAUCGAUUGCGCGACAAUUUUAAUGUUUCAAAUCAAACUUUAUAUGAUAUGAUGGAAUCUGCAGGCGUGGUCUUCGUUCAGUCUCUCAAAGAACUUGGCAGGGCGUCAGAUAUUAUGAAUGAGCUUAGACAAUUGUUCGUGUCCGUUACUCAUGUCCCUGUUCAAGUUCUUCUCAUUGGGGCCUGUCUGCAGAUAUCAGAAGAAUCAUAUGAUGGUGUUAAGGAAUUUCUCGAGGAAUUUCUUAGGAAGUGGAGUUAUGAAGACAGAAGACACUAUAUUGUUAAUGAUGCCCAAAAAAAGGUGGAUUCCACUGAAGGAUGUGAUGGCCAUUUUGUUUUGGGAAUUGAUCAGUACUGUAAAGUUGCUGAGAUGUAUGCUGUGACGCUCCUGGGGACCGUUUUGAAUGAUGUGGACCUUGCGAUCUCCUGGAUUGAAAAGGCUUCAUUACCCGAGGAAAAACGUAAGGAUAUUUUAAGAAGAUUGCACUCCCUAUAUUCUGUUAAAGCCACCAAUGUGUCACAAGGCUCUUCAUUGCUGUCAGAAGAUUUCCAUGAAGUUCAUUCAUCUUCUUUGAAAAACCCAAUUGUGUCAGAGAGGUCUUCAGAAGCUUUAAAUGUUAAUUACUUGCCUAGCGGAGAGAGUGGUACAAAGCAAGCUCUUUUGAAAUUUUCCAGACAAACAUACCCACGUUUUUUGUGGUUUCGGGCUAUCACUUUGAAGUUUGGUACCGUUCGCAUGGUCAUAUCUAACUGGAAUGUUGCAUUUGGCUGUUUGCUAGUUUUAGCGUAUUAUCUUUUCAGGAGGAAACAAGCUUCUAUAAGGAGGACCAUUCGGAGACGAGUAUUGUCAGUUAAGAAGACAUUGGUUGACUUGUGGCAGCUUGCAUUUUCAUUCCAAGUGAACCCUCUAGCUGCUGUUCAACCACUUCCUGUUGCAACACAAGGCGGUCGAUGAUGAGAUGUCUGGCAGUAUCUUCAGUAAGCUGGGGCACCUGUACUUACAGGCUAAAUGUGCUUCACUUUUAUCCUGGUCAUAAUGCAAGCUUUAUAAACUGAAGAAAAAAGUCAGGCAAAGCACAAAACACGGUAAGAUUAUAUAAGAUGGUUGCAAACAAUUGAUGGAUAAAGGAAGCUAUUUUUUCUCUGGGUUGAGAUAUGCGCCAAAACUCAUAAUUGUGUAGUAAAAUAAUAAUAUAGUAGGUAGUUUUUUCUUUUUUCAAAAUUUUUGUCAAACAUAUUAAUAUAAAUGUUGCUAUUUGUAGUGUGAUCUGCAACCAUGGCUAUACAUUUUUUUAAUGGUUGUUAUUGCUUGUAGUUCAAAUAAAACUGUUAUUAGUUGUA